AGGCCCUCUGUCAACCUGCACCAUCAUUGUAAUUACAUUUUUGGAGGUGCAGCAAGAUGCCCACUCAUCCACUCAUCCCCUUUGUGGAGAGCCCUGAUAGCCUGGGUCAGGACCUCCUAAGCAGCAGCGGUGCCAGCAUGCCAGGGGCAGGCUCCAGCAUGACGCCACAUCGUCGCUCCGCAGCGCCCAAAAACACAGACCCAGAGGCAGUCAGCACCUUCUUACCAAUAGACUGCAUGUUUUGCGAGCAGAGGUUUGAGCACCAGGAGGACUUGGGUCCUCACGUGUUGUGUGAGCAUCCCACCACCUUGUUCGGCCCCACUGUCCUGCGGGUGGAGGCGGAGUUCCGGAGCCCUGGAGGAGGGGACUGGCUGGGUGUCAAACCUCAAAACAUCCGCAGUCCGCUCGGCCUGGAGGAGGCACCGAUUAGCUGUGUAGUAUGCGGGCAGGAAGUGGGCGACUCAGCGGAGCUGGAGAGCCACAUGAAGGGCCACAAGGACUGCUACUGCUACUGUUGCUCCCUAUGCGGCCGCCGCUUCAAGGAGCCCUGGUUCCUCAAGAACCACAUGCGCACACACGUCGGGAAGAUGCGCGGCAGGAGCCUGCCAGAUGCUGACGGUCCGGUCACCAUCAAUGGCGUUGUGCAGAAUGCCCUUUCCUCGUCGUGGUCCCCCCCGACUGUGCCGACGACCUACCGGCUCUGCAUGAUCUGUGGGUUUUUCUUUGAUGACCUCGCGACUCUUCUCGAGCACAGUAAGGUGCACUGCCACAGCAAGGACUCGGCUGAGGAAGAGGAGGAAAAGGCUGCCGACAAGCCUUCAGACCGCGACGGAGAAGACUCGACCGAACAAGAUGACUUCCUGAAGCUGUUUCAGCUGCGGCCAACUGCCGCUACCGCCAAGCCAGAAGGCGUCAGACGCGGUAUCGCCCUCAACCCCUACAACACCUACCAGGCCUGGCAGCUGGCCACCAAGGGCAAGAUCGUGACAGGGGUCAACAUCGCUAAGGAGCUCAGCCCAGACAGUCCGGGGUCUGACAACGAGGACUCCUGCUCUGACAAGGAGGAGCUGGGUCGAAUAUGGGCCUCUGGACCGCCAGGCCAGGUGGUAGGAGGAGGGGGCAGAGGAGAGGAGAGGGCCGGCAAGAACAGCCCUAAUGCUAACGCUCAGCUGCUGAAGCCCAGCGCAGCCCCGACGCCUUCCCCAGAGCCCGAUCAGAAGGCCAACAGUCUGAAGAAAGACAAGCCCACCCAGUGUGAGGAGUGCGGGAAGAGUUUCCGCACCUAUCACCAGCUGGUGUUGCACUCGCGCAUCCACAAGAGGGUGCGGGCGGGCGUGGAGAGCCCCACCCCUUCGCUGGACGGGAAGGCCAGCAGCACCGGGUCGGCUGACGGCUCUGUGCUGUACCGAGCAGGGGAGUAUGCAGAGGAAGGAAUUGAGGAGGGCAAUCCCGCUCAAGCCCUGUUCUCAGACAAAAAAGAUGGAAAAAUGAACUUGAAGGUUCUUGCGCCCUCACGCACAUGUAGCUACUGUGGCAAGACCUUUCGCUCCAACUAUUACCUCAAUAUUCAUCUCAGGACUCAUACAGGUGAGAAGCCAUACAAGUGCAAAUACUGUGACUACGCCGCGGCCCAGAAGACCUCACUGAGGUACCACCUGGACCGGCGCCACCGAGACAAGCCUUACAUGGAGAUCCCCAGCAUCCCCGUGUCCGCCAGCCCCUCUCCGCUCGGUGUCAAGGAUGAGGAAGACGGAGGGGAGGAGGAGGAGGACGACGAGCAGGAGGAGGAACCCUCCAUCACCACGCCCAGUGGCAACGAGAAGACACCCUCCCACAGCCUGGCUCAUAGGCCCCUGUCCUACGGCCUCCCUUAUGGCCCCAUGGAUGCUCAGCUACAUGCAGCAGGCGGUGUCUAUGACCAGGGCACCAAGUUCAGCCGUAGCCCACUACCACUGGUGGACACGGAGCCCCUACCACGAGGUGGGUGGACACACAGUCCCACCGUCUUCAAGCAGGAAGCCACCGCAGAUGCGCUGAACCUCGACACCAAGGAGCGGCACCACUUUACAGAGGCGUCAUACUUGGAAUCCGCUCUGGAUUUGUCUUUCCGCGUGCCGGGGGCGUCGAACAUGGAUCUCCGCUACCAGAUGCCCGUCAGCGCCUGCCCCACCUGCCACUUCACCACCCUCUACCCGGAGGUGCUGGCGGUGCACCAGAAGCUGCUGCACCGCGAGGGGCUGGCCAAGUGCAAGCGGCCCCGAGUCACCAGCGCCGAGCUCAGGCUGAGGCGCAACACGGGGUGCCCCCCGUUUCUGGAGGGGAACGACGUGAGCCGCUUGGCGCCUCCGCACCUCAACAAGCAUCCUCGGCGGACCCAAUCUCCCCCACAUGUUACUGCUACUGCUACUGCUAUUCCGUCUCCUGCUGCUGCUCCUCCAUCCAGCCAGUCACUCCCUGCUAGAUCUGCCAGGGAAGGUCAGGGUCAGGGGUGUUCAAACCAGGCCUCCCAGCCCCCAUCACAAAGCUGCUCCUCCUCGGUCAAAAUCCCGAAGCUCGACAGGCCGGACGCCAGGCUGAUCGUACCCACCCACACUCCCUCCUACAUGCCCCCUAAAGUGCCUCGAGGAGGGCCUGUGAAGACCCCCUUUGAUGCCGGCGGUCAUAGCAAGCCACCGGGUGCGAUGCUCCUGGACCGGGACACUGGGUCGCUGCUGAGGGGGACCUCAGUGUUGAACUCGGGUCACCACAACACGGUGGUGUGGCCCUCGGACGCGGCGCGCCUCUGCCUGUCCGACAGGUUCUCUCGCAUCCCUCACAGCAGGGACCACUACAACAACAACGAGCCCACGGUGAAAAGGCCCAAGCACUACGACACUGGGGCCCUGGAGCAGCGGCCUCCUCCUCAUCAUAUGGGGCCUCCAGACAUGGGCAGGGUGGGUAGACUUCUUCCUCCGGGCGUUGCAGCCUCAGUGGCUGGUCAAGGAAGCAAAGCGGUGUCCGCUGCUGGUUCGGUGGCCAGGGAGUCGGACGUCAGAGCCAUCAACCACCACCAUCAUCAUCCUCAUCAUCAUCUACUGCCUUUGCCUUCCUAUGGCCCUGGCGAUCUGGCGUCUUUAUAUCAGGGGAAUGCCAGUCAUGUCAGCCCCCAUGGCACAGUGAACAGGCCCUUGCCUUACCCCCAGUACUCGGGCGCUCUGCUGCAGAGGUUUGAGCACCCCCAUGGCUUCAGCCAGGAGCCUAAAUGCCACCAGCCCUCUGAGAGGAGCUCCUCAUGAACACCAUGGUCUGUAGUGUUCACUGAAUGACAUCCCAGGAGCCUUAUCUGAACUGUAUCUGGAAAGACUGUUUUCAUAUCCACCAGCAAGCUGUGACCUUAUUGUGUUUGUGUGCAUGUAUGUUUGUUGUGAGCACACUUGUGUAUGUGCGACAUGUCUUCAGCACUGGCAAGUGUUGGGAUUCCUGCAGAUUUUCCCUGCAGCUCUUUGAUUGCGGUUGUGAGUAGAUGCACAUUCUUGUUCAAAAGGCUUAUGUGCAGGGGUUAAUUUAGAAAGAAAGGGGUGCAUCAACUCAUAGUGGACAUAUUAACUGCAUUCUCCUGUUAAAAUGAGCACACAAGGCUAUGUUCUUUAAAAGCUUUACUGCUUGCGCUCAGUUAUUUUGGCCUUGGUCAGUUGGCAAACUGCCUGCAUAUAAUUUCCUCUUGCGACGGUUGAAACUGAAAAAAGAUCUGUCUGUUCUCACUACUGCUGGUCUUUUGAAAGGAGUAAAAAGAAAACUGUGAACUUCUCUUUUGAAGCCUCAUCAUUCUGUGAACCUUGCAAAUGACUUCACUGAGACCACAAGCCUACAGUGUACUGUACUCCGCCAUCUGUCUUCUGACGAGAAGGUUCUGUUUACAUGUUCUACCCAUCCACACCAUGCUGAAUCACUCCAGAUCACCUCCUCUACUGCUCAAUGAAACCAGUCUACAUUUGUGUGCUCUGUUUAAAAAAAAGAAAGUUAGGAUUACGUUUUUUUGCAAGUCACACUUUAUUUUGAAUAUGUUUUGGUUAGUGUGCCUGGUAUGGGGGAAGGGUGGGUGCAUGUGUGUGGUCUGUGCACCCCAUGUUCUUCUCCUAGAAAAAUACAACACUGUUGAUAAUUAGCUGUUCUAUUGAAAGGACAGCUAAUGACACAAAUAUACCUGCAACUCCAUUGCGUCUCCUAAUCAGGCUCCACUCUUGAUUCCUGCUGCACUGAGAGACAUUGAUGGGGAGAGGGGCUCAUAUGUAUUGGGUCCCCAUUAUGCUGUUUUUUUCUGGGUCACCAGUAACAGCAUUGUGGCUGUGGCUGUGGCUUUAGCUGCUGGGACUAGGUCAUGCCUGCAUGCUGCCUUGGGUGCAAACAGGCAGCUAUGUUGCACAGCACCUUACUCACUGUACUCCACACUGUACUCAUCCAUUCCAUGGGAAGUUGCCUUUCUGUUCAGUCAAAAUGCUACACAUGGUGUGAAUGUUUUCUGUGGUGUCGUUAUUUUCGUAUGCGUAUUUAUUUUCAGGAAGUGGUAUGUGUCUUUUUUUUCCUCCUUCCUCUCUAUGGACCAAUCUGGAUGAAUGAAUGUUUAUGCUGGACUGUAAUUCUAAGGUGUUAACCAACAACCAUGGAACCUUAUUUUAUGUGUGAAUGUGUGAAUUGUACGCUCAGUAGUGCGUCACUGUCUGUGCCACUGGUAGAAGGCAGAUACACUGGACAACUUUUUGAGCAAUCCAUCUGGGCAACGAUACUAUAACAUGGUGUAAAGACGAUUGAUCACAUUACAUAUUUAUUAGUAGAACUCGGAUUAGCAGCAGACAACUUGUUUUCAACUAUUCCGUCAGAAAUCGGAUAUCUCAUCAUGAUGUUGCCCAGCAAUAUUGCUCAAAAAGUUGCCCUCUGUAUCAUUACCUAUUGUACUGGGAACAGGCGAAAGGGACAUUGGCAUGUCUAUCAUUUUGUCUAUCUAACAUUUAAACAUCAGGAGGAGUAUGUCAAGAAUGUGGCAAAGUAGUAAUCCAGGUGAAGUUAACCUUGAGGUUGUGGUAAAUCACUUAGUUCGAAAGCCUGCAGACCUCUUUUUUUUAAAACUAAAUGACACCUCUGGGCUAUCUAUGAGCAGAUGUACCACUUCCUGCAGGUUUACUUCACCAGGUUUACCAUUUUAUCAUGUUCUUGGAGUACUCCCCUGAUCUAUACUUGAAAACAGCGUGUCUGUUUGACACAAAGAAUUGAGUUUUCUGUUUGUGUUUAUAAACUCCACUGCCACAGCCAACCAAUUUGACCAGCACUGUGUACUUAUCAUAAAAAGGGAGCUUAGCAUGAGCGGGGUCUUUGGAGUGACUACUAGUGUCUGACAGAUGCAAGGACAAGAGACUGUUAAUCUGAUGUUACAGGGUCUGCUGUUCGACCCUUUGCUGCUUUAUUUCCAAUUGAUUAUCAUUUGCAUCACUUUUUUUUCUCUUUUUUUUGCCCUAGCGAAGAAUACAUGUUAACGUUUUUUUGGUUUCUCAGCAUGGCACUUUCAUCAGUCUUUUUCCAUUGGUGUUUUUCUUCUUUUAAUAUUAUUUUUAUUACUAUUAAAUAAUUGGAUGUAUCAUUUGCUUUUGUGCUACACUGUUUCCAGAGUAAUGCUGAACAGUCAGUUGGCCAGGAUGAUGUGUGACUGACGUACUAGGUGAAGAGUAUGAAUGUCAAAGGUGGUAAUAAUGAAUGUCCCAUAUUUAUAUUGGGGUUGUACAGAACUGUCCUUUCAGUAGGGGGAGGUCUGUCCUGUUUCUCUCUCUCUAUUAGAAUCUGCUGUGUGAACCUGCUCCAUGGUUUUGUUUUGAAGGUGGAGUAUGUUGAAGUUCUUGUCACUAAAUUAUUUCCAGGAUUUAUGCUGCCCAUUUACAUUUUGUUUUCAUAUAUACUUGCCGCCACCACCACCACCAUCAAUUUGGAAUUGUUCAUUAUGACGUGGAAAUGUACACUUAUCAUACACGAAUAGGUGCAUCUUCUCAAUGUCAGACAUCAGACAUCUUUGAUUGCAAAUCAUACUGUAAUAAUAUCAAUAUUAUGUCAACAUUAGUUUAUUACUUUGUUAAUAUUUAUGAAAAGAUCAAGUUUGUGAAUGGGCAGCAUACGUUCUGAAAAUAAAUGCCUAAAAUGACACUCCACCUUUUAAACGGGGAAAGUAAAACAUAUACUGUAUUUAUGGGAAACAGGCUGCCAGUAUUAUACACUGAUGGAGUAUCUGUUGGAAUGUGUCUUAACUUUCUUGCUAAGACCACCAGGACCAUUUUUUUUGUUUUGUUUUAUGCCAUUUUUCUUUUUAUGCCAUUUCCUUUUCUGCUUAGUAUUACGUUUUGUUUUCUCAGGGGUGGCUGUAAGAGUGUACAUAUUUUGUUGUUGUCUGUUCAAGGAUAUCAGGGUCCACUCAGGUGUUGGUGCAGAGAGCAGUGAAUUUGAAACAUUUAUUUUUUUCAUAAUGUCAAAAAGUCAUUUCCACUGACAUUGAUUUAAAUGUGUGGUUAGAAUGUUAUUCAGUAUUAAUAAAAAACAUAUUGUAAAAUGCU